GCCCUCUCCGUCCUCUCCGUCCGUCCGUCCCGGCCAUCAAUCUUCGUCGAGCAGAGAGAGAGAGGAAGGAGGCCAGAUUCGAGCGAGAUCCAUGGGGAAGUACGUGGAGCUACUGGACAUGGGGGUGCGCAUCGCGGUGCGGUUCCACUCCCACUGUCCGCAGACGGCCCGGUUCUACUACCACCCUCCCGCCUCCUCGGCCGCCCCCGGUGCCGGCGACGGCGGCGGGAUGGUGCCUGCGGGAGGCACGGUUGCCGGCGCCCUGGCCAUGAUGAAGAGGCAGCAGCGCGCCGCCGUCGACGCCACGAAGAUCAUCCUCUACACCGUCGUCUAGGCCGGCUGCCGCUGUGCUCGGCUCGUCCGGAUGUAUCCGCCAUUGAAGAGAGAGGGAGAGAGAGAGAGAGAAAGAGAGAUGCUAUCUUUUAUUUUAGUUUUGUUUCUGUUUUCGAGGAGAGGGAAAUGAAAUGACUAAGGGAAUGUUUGAUUGAUUGAAUGAAUGAAUGGAUUGAAUAGUUUGUGAGUUAAA